UCGGGCCACAAAAACGGCGGCUUAGACCCAUAAAAUGAACUUAAGUAGCCUAUGGCACAUUCAGUAUGCAGCAUAUCUCUCCCUCAGAGUUUUUCAGCUUCCAGUGGCGUCUUUAUCGGUUUUUUACAACUGCCAUACCUUUAACAGCUGUAUAAUUAAAUAGGCAACCAUGCAUUUCAAAGUCUACCUGACCUAGGAUAAUUUGUUUAUUUUCGACUUCAUAAUUUGUCCCCUACGCCCGCUGCACCUGCCAAAAAAAACGAUACAAAUAAUAAUGGUUAUGUUUUUUUAAACUUGUCCUAUUGCAAGACGAUACGAUUCCAAAAUCAUUUUUGCAACACGGAAAUAUGAGAAUUCAGUGGCGUAAUAUUGUAACAAGUUGAUACACAGUUUCGCGAUCCAAUGAAAAAGACAAAGAGCGUGUGAUGGCUGGGGAGGGUUGUGCUUUAAACGCGCAUAUCGAAACUUAGUGCUUCAAUCUGCGAAGGACCUCACAGACUGACCUUCCUCUAAAGGGUCUGAUUUGGAGUCCAGAUUCAGGGACACAAAGAAAGGCUGUUGAAUUUUACUAUUUAAAGAAGGUGCAAAAAUGUCAUUUACACGCGAGCAAUUUUAUAACGAGGCAAUAAGGCCGAAUUUGGCUCGUUUUUCAUCAGUGGUCAAAGUGAGAGAUAUCUUACCUCACCUGCAAUGCCUCACAUUCACUGAUAGGGAAGAGGUCGAAGCCAAGAGAGAAACUUCUGGAAACUUCACUGCUAUGCAGAUACUUCUAGAUAAUCUACGCAGACGCGAGAAAUGGCCUGAUGAGUUCAUCACUGCACUCCGGAACUGUGAACAUAGGGAACUGGCUAAUGAGAUGAGCGCUACUUAUGACAGGAUCAGGGGCAUCACAAAUAAUGCUGCUCCUACACCCAGACCAGCACCUGCUCCAGCUGCUUCUUCUACUUCAUCUGGUUCCACAACAACCACAACCACAGUGACCGUUCAUGCAGUCCCAGCAACCACUCCUCCUCUGCUGAUUCCACCCUCAGGGGGAGCCCCAACAAGUUCAACUGCCUCUUCCAACACUGCAGCCCCCAAACCAUCUCUUGCUCCUGUUAAACCUCCUACUCCAGUUCCAGCACCUUCUCCUGAACCAGUUUCCCAAGCUGAAGUAGCACCUCCUGUUGUAGCUCCUUCCCAAGCACCUUCCCCUCCUGAAGUCUCAGUUUCUAAAGUGUCUUUACCUGUUCAAACCCUCACUGGGGCAGCUGAGAACAAAACACCUGCUUUAGAUAAUUCAGAUGACUUGGCUUUAACAGACCGAACCACCAUCUCCUCAUCAACUGGUGAAGCUCUCCUCUCCACCUCAAGUGCUCAAGCAUCCUCCUCAGACACUUCCACUUCUCAAAGUCAAAUAACAAAGCUUUACACCACCUUCCAGACUUCUCCGAAGUCAAAGAAGACCCAGGUGCCAACAGCAGACAUAGAUAUGGACCCUUCUGAGAUACUCCCUGUCCAAGACACAAAUCCCCCAUUGAGAAUGGAAAGGACAUUUCAGGAGCCGGAAGAGAUAUCUGACCCAACUGCAAAUGAGAGGGAUCAGAGGAACAACACUGUUGGGUUGCCAGUUUUUAAUAAUGCUCCAACAAAUUCUACCACAACAGCUCAGGCAACAUCUUCUGCACCUGCUGAGGUGGUUACGCACUCUCCCUCUUCCAUCGACCAGGAAUGUUUCAGCAAGCCUGAAGUCCUUCAGCAUCCAGAACCCCAGCAGAACAGAGCAGAGAUUCUUCCUGUCUUUCAAGAGGAGCCUUGCUCAGUGGUUUCAGGUGACUUGGAGAUCAGCAAUGCAACAGACUCUUCCACAGAACUUGGAGAGUCUACUAGUCUUGCAGACCAGAACUCCGCUCCCUUUGCUUCCCUUGAUUCUGCUACUCAGUCCUUUCAAGACUCUCCAUACAAUGCUGCUCCCUUGACCUGUAACCAGCCUGAGGAGGACCACUAUGAAUCUUUCUACGGGAGUCAUACACCGAUAAAUGUAAUCCAGUUUGCUGAAGAGCCAUCUGCUGAAAAUAUGAAUGGUCAGCCACCAAGCAUCCUGCAACGUAGCACAGUCAUCUCUGAGGACCAGCAUACCCUGAACUAUGUUGGCACAGGAAGUGCAGUUCAUCUUUCUGAGCCAUCUGGGCAUGACAGUAAGAAGUCAACCACCAUCAACGUUCGAGAGGAAGAAUCCAGUGCUGCUAGGCCAGAGCAGAGAGGAGAGGGGCGCCCAGAAUUAUUCAGGAUAAACAACUUCCACCUUAUUGCUGCUGCAGGGAUUGGUCUUUCUGCUGCAUUAUUGGCCUGGAAGUUCACCCACAAAUGAAAAUUUUGUCAUCAUGUACUUACUCUCGUGUUGCAUGAAACCCCUAUGAUUUUUUUUUUCAAUGAAACACAAAGGGACUUAAGUAAAAUGUCCAGGCUGCUCUUUUCCAUAAAUAACAGUGGAUAGUAACUGGUGCUGAAGAAAAGGACAAAAUGUACAAUAAAAGUAGUACAAUAAAAGGUUUGUACUAUAUACUAGGGAUGGGCAUUCCAGGCAAAAAUAAUAUUCGAAAAUUGCUGGGUAUUAUUCGAUUAUUAUUUGAAAAUCACACCCCUCCCCCAACUGCAUGCACAAACACCCAUAAACGGAGAGAGACGGGAUUCACGCUUUCAAUCUGUAUAAUAAACUGUUUAAUUCAGAAGCUAGGCUACCUUAACUCAAGCCAUAUAAUGAUUGUAACGUGCUGAAACAUUAAUAUAAUAAACAUAAGCGAAUGAUGGCACUUAUUAACAUAAGAGUCCGUCGUUUAGCAUGAAUCAACUGCCCAUAAGGCUAGGACAUUCCAUUUAUAAAGAGGGAACCCCUAAACAGAAUAGAUACGAGAUGGGAGAAAAAAUAUACAUCAGUAUCUUCUGUCGCAAUUAUAUUGUUGGGUAAUUAUUCUGUCUAUAAACUGUUGGCAUCAGAGAGCCGUUAUUAAUAUACGGGGCAUUGAAAUCGCUUAUGAACCGCGUGCUAAUUUUUUUACUUUCACUUUCGAGAUUCGGCAGUACUUACCACACAUUUUACAAGAUUAG